AUGACAGCCAGCGAAGUUCAGAUGCAGCUCAAAGACGAAGAGAUUUUAUUGGCACCUAUUAUACACAUAACACAGCAUGGGACGCAAUAUCGUAGUAUUAUGAGAAGACUGUGGCGUGCUUGUAAUCAUUGGAUUAAGUGUCCCAAAGACUUGCAAAAGAUAUAUGGUGAUAUUGGAGAUACACUUUAUACUGUGGGUCUUAUUUUAGAUGAUAUUGAAGAUUUUACUAAAAUUCGACGAGGUAUUCCUUGUGCCUAUAUGGUUUAUGGAGUUCCGUUAACGGUGCAAGCUAUAAUACAUAAAAGUAUUUUGUUAUUUCAAGAAUUGAUUUAUCAUCUGGGAGAUAGUGAGGAACUCGCCGAUGAAUUCAUUAGAGUAGGGGUCAACCUUAUGACAGGACAAGGAAUGGAAAUAUACUAUAGGGACACUGAAAAAUGUCCUACCUUUGACGAUUUCAGGGUGGUAGUUCACGGCAAAGCUUCCUACACCUUUAUGUAUGGAGUUCGAUUAUUAGAAAUGUUUGCCAAGACAAAAAAAAUCAAUUUCAGUCAUGAAUUUUGGGAUAAAAUGGGUUACUUCAUUCAGGUAUACAACGACUAUAUAAAUCUACGCGAUCCUAAGUGGGCAGCCGUUCGGAUAUUCUGUGAUGAUCUAGAUGAAGGAAAGUUCAGUUAUCCCAUAGUUCAUGCUAUUCAAAGUCAUCCCGAAGAUCAUCGCCUUACAAAUAUGUUGAAAGAAAGGCCACUUGAUUUGGAAAGUAAGAAACUUUUUGUAGAUAUAAUGGAGAGUUUUGGAAGUUUUGAGCACAGUCGCCAAUUUCUGGAGGAUUUGAAAUGUGGAAUUAUCGAAGAGGUGAAAAAAAUGAAAUUAGAGAGAAAUCCACAUCUAGAGAGAGUUCUCGAUAAUAUAUUCGCUAAUCUAGAAACUAAACUUUUUAUAUAG